UCCGGUGUAUGAGAACCGGGCAGGGAAGAGAGCUAGGAAGAGCAGCGGAGGAAAAAAGGGCAAGGGGAAGCGUGCCGAGGAGGAGGAAGAGGAGGAAGAGGAAGAGGAGGAAGAGGAGGAAGAGGAAGAGGAGGAGGAGGAGGAGGAGGAGGAGGAGGAGGAGGAGGAGGAGGAGGAGGAGGAGGAGGAGGAGGAGGAGGAGGAGGAGGAGGAGGAGGAGGAGGAGGAGGAGGAGGAGGAGGAGGAGGAGGAGGAGGACGAGGAGGAGGACGAGGAGGAGGAAGAGGAGGAGGAGGAGGACGAGGACGAGGAGGAGCAGGGGGAGGAGGAGGAGGAAGAGGAAGAAGAGGAGGAUUAGGAAGUGGAUGCCAAAUGGAGGAGGAGUAGAAGGAGAACGAGGAGGCAGCUGACUGCUGCUGAACCCUUUGGU